AUGACUGGACGUGAGCUUCAGCUGGGUGUUCGGCCUCCACCGGUGAAAAUGGAAGAUCAGGUGCUCUACACUAAUGUAGUGUUUAAUAUGUGUGACAACGCAAAGCCUAAAGACGUGGUGAAGACAGAAGAGGUUGUGUACUCAGAAGUCAAACCGAAGUUAGAGUCGACCUCACCAAGCACGACUACAUUGAUCGAGGAAGUGGUUACACAGAAAUCUACACCAUUCAGAUGGAUUACAGCAGGUCUGGGGCUGCUAACUGUGCUUUUACUAGCCGGUGUGAUCGCUAUGUGUGUCCUUAACGUCACCCAGGUUUCCAAAUACAGAAACAUUUUGGCUCUUUACUCCAAUGAGAGCACAGCAAACAUGAAGCUGCGAGCUGAUUUGGCAUCACUGGAGAGCGAGAAACAGGACCUGACCGUACAGAGAAACCAGUUUAACAGCACCCUGCAGUCCAUCAUACGAUUCAGAGAUUUUCCAGUCGAAAGUUAUUGUACAUCUACUGACGGAGGUGAAUAA